AUUUACUUAUAAGUGCGAACACCGAGUUUUCGGUACGGUUAGAGGUGUAACCGACGUAAACGUGGCCUUAAGACGACAACACACCCGUUUUUUGAGUAGACCACGUGUUUCAAAUAAGUGUUGAUAACAGCCCUGGUACAACACAAACAUUGACUGAUGAUGUUAGUUUUCUACCAAAGACACUUAAGAUGUUUUUGGACGAUUUGGAAAGCGUCAUGUUUGUGCGCUGCAAUCCGAUGCUGUGGAAAACCAGCUUGGCAUGGCAAAGACUAAGGAGGUCAUGGAUUUUAAGCCUGCACUCUUCCACCGCAAGAGCAUUCUCAGGUCCUUGUUGCCAGGAUCCAUGUAAAGAGUCAUCGUCCUUUUCAACUGAAAAGCUUCCUCACACACCCGUCAUGGUCAAAGAGGUGCUUGAAUUCUUAGACCUUAAACCUGGUCAGGUGGUCCUGGACAUGACAUUUGGAGGUGGCGGUCAUACCACAGCAAUCGUGAACACGGUCCCUGAAGUCAAAGUGCUGGCCUUAGACCGAGACCCCCAAGCAUACGCCCUGGCCCAGCGGUUAGCAGAGGAACACCGUGGUGUGAAACCACUGCUUGGCAGAUUCAGUGAGCUGGAGGUCCUGCUGUCCGACAUGAACAUUCAGCCGUGCAGCAUUGAUGCCGUCUUGAUGGACGCCGGCUGCUCCUCCAUGCAGAUGGAUCAGUCAGACAGAGGCUUCUCCCUGAGCAGAGACGGGCCGUUGGAUAUGAGAAUGGAUGGAGACAGGUACCUCGACGUGCCCUGCGCUGCUGACGUUGUGAAUACCUUGGAUCAACAGGCUCUUGCAUCCAUCCUCACUGCAUAUGGGGAAGAAAGACACGCCAGGAAAAUAGCUUCAGCCAUUGUAAUGGCACGCCGUGUCAACCCCAUCACCAGGACACAGCAGCUGGCCAGCGUGGUAGCAGGAUCACUUCCUGCUGCCGUUGCCUACGCGCGUAAAGACCGACUGCACAGACCUGCGCACGUCGCCACCAAGACGUUCCAAGCUUUACGCAUCUUUGUGAACGACGAGAUGAACGAACUCCACGCCGGCCUGCGCGCGGCCCAGGCCGUGCUGAGGCCGGGAGGACGCCUGUGUGUGAUCACCUUUCACUCACUCGAAGACAGACUGGUCAAGCGUUUCCUCAGGGGAGACGAUUUGUCAAACCUAGAUCAGCAUCACUUCAGCCCGAAGAAGCAAAAAGGCAGGAAAGAAAAACCGCAGGAUGAGAACGGAGACGGUGGAAGGGCUGUCUGGCUCCCCCUGCAAAGAAAGGUCACGGUCCCAAAGAAGGACGAUGUGAUUGACAAUCCACGAGGACGCUCUGCUAAACUCAGGGCGGCAACGAAAUGUUAACAAUGUUCUUGUUUUUUUGUUUUUUUUAAAUUAAUCACAAUAAUGUGGGAAAUACAGAUUUAUCCCUACACACGUGGCUCUUUUUGGUGUUUAUGUAAACUUUUCUUAGAAAUUAUUUGCAGCCUCAAUGAUAAGAAGCUUUGAGGUCGGAGCCACUGGGUGACGUCCAUCACACCCCCCACCUUUGGUCAACCCAACCUAGUCCAGCAUGUUGUUUGUGACUGUGGAAGAAAACCAAAGUACCUGUUAAAAACCCACCCACUGUUCUUGUUGUAAGGCAAGAGCACUGACCACUCCUCCACCGUGGGGCCCGUUGUUUCACCUGCUGUUUUGUAUGUAAUUUUCCAUUGACGUCUGAUGGAGCGACUGCUCUGCUGCACAUCCUGAACCAGUAGGUACUGAAUGACACCAGUGUCAGCAGUGGCGCUGAUGUUCUCCGACGAUAGUGUUACCAUCCUUUUGAUCUUUACUAUUGUACUUAUUGUAAUUGCGUCUUCAGGUUUGUUCACACUUUUCCUCCACUCCCAGUUUAGUGUACUCUUAAUAUAACCCUACUUGUUACCUUGGAAACUAAGAGGCACACACGCAACAUUUAACUGUGUCUAAAAUUAUACGUGGUUAUAAUCAAAUAUAAAGCAGAGCCAUAUUGUUUAUUUGAACGUCCCUCUCCUUUGACACGACUGGAUGCUGAACGAUGCAGGUGACUGUGUUCCACGUCCCACGAACAGACCCUCCUACUGGAAAUCCAGCUGGAGGUCUGGAUAACUAUUUAUCACAUGCAAAUUCUCUAAAAAAAAAAACCAUGGAAACUGUAACCUCACGGCUGAGAUAAAUAACUGCACAGCAAAACUUUAACUCGGUCCUGAUUCUAUAUGUGAACCACAGACUUAAAGGCCGUGCAGCUACAUUUGUUCGAAAACAUCCUUAAAUUAUGCUCUACCACACAGAGAGAAUUUCAAUGAGACCUUUGAAGCCUACAGAGAGCUGACCCUGGUCCUCCUCAACAGUCUACCAUAUUGUAAUGACCAGUCUUCAUGUUUUUGGACUUUGAGUUUCAACAGAAACCCCACACACAAACUGCAAACUUCAGGGGCAGAGCGAGUUUAUCUUAGCUUGAAUACUUGCCCACGGACCAUAUUUCGGAGAAAAUCUAUCUUACUGCUGGGUUUUAGUGUUUAUUUUAGCCAAAAACACAUUGACACACAAAUGUUUUUUUUUUACCUGUAGCAAUUAAAACAUUUUUUAUUAAAGAUUUGAAUGAUUUGUUUAGAAGACACAAAGACUGAAAACAUAGC